CGCCGCCAUCCAUCCACCCGUGUCCUCUCAAAACCCUAGCUUCGCCCACAUCGGAGCCUCCUCUCUAGCCUCUCCCACCGCCUCCUGCGACUCCUCUCCGUUCCCCCCCUCUUCUCCCUCGCGAACCCACCACAAGAGAAUCAAUCAAGAAGAAGAAGCGGGAGAAGGGAGAUGGCGAAGAAGAAGGAGAAGGCGGUGAACGUGUCGGGCAAGCCGCGGCACUCGAACGACGUCAACCGCCCCAAUGACAAGAAGGGCGCCGGCGGCGGCGCCGGCGGCGGGGCCCGGUCCGCGGCGACCGUCCGGCGGCUGAAGAUGUACAAGACGCGGCCCAAGAGGGACCUCUCCGGGAAGGUGCUCAGGAACGAGUUCCAGUCCAAGGAGCUCCCCAACACCCGCAUCGAGCCCGACCGCCGGUGGUUCGGCAACACCCGGGUUGUGGGCCAAACACAGCUUGCAUUGUUUCGGGAUGAACUCAAGAAUCGUCUUUCUGACAACUUCAGUGUCAUCCUGAAAGAACGGAAGCUACCACUAUCACUUCUGCAGGAUCAUCAAAAGCAAGCGAGAGCACAUUUGCUUGAUGUUGAACCUUUUGAGCAUGCUUUUGGGCCAAAGGGCAAGAGGAAACGCCCGAAACUAACUGCUCUUGACUAUGAAUCUUUGCUGAAGAAAGCUGAUGAUUCCCAAGAUGCAUUUGAGCAAAAGUAUGCUUCCUCAACGUUGCCAAGGGAGGAAGAAGAAGAUGGCUUAAGGGAUCUAGUGAGGCACACGAUGUUUGAGAAGGGACAGAGCAAAAGAAUCUGGGGUGAAUUGUACAAAGUUAUUGACUCUUCAGAUGUUGUUGUGCAGGUGUUGGAUGCUAGGGAUCCAAUGGGCACUCGAUGCUAUCAUCUAGAGAAACAUCUAAAGGAGAAUUGCAAACACAAACACUUGGUAUUCUUACUAAAUAAGUGCGAUCUAAUCCCUGCUUGGGCUACAAAAGGAUGGUUAAGGACCCUGUCAAAGGACUAUCCCACCCUAGCAUUCCAUGCUAGCAUCAACAAGUCAUUUGGCAAAGGAUCUCUUCUGUCAGUAUUGAGGCAGUUUGCUCGUUUGAAGAAUGACAAACAAGCUAUAUCUGUUGGAUUUGUUGGGUACCCCAAUGUUGGGAAGUCAUCUGUUAUUAACACAUUACGGUCGAAGAGUGUUUGCAAGGUCGCGCCCAUUCCUGGAGAGACAAAAGUGUGGCAAUACAUCACUCUCACUAAAAAGAUCUUUUUGAUCGAUUGUCCUGGCGUUGUGUAUCAAAAUAAUGAUUCAGAAACUGAUAUAGUUCUAAAGGGUGUGGUACGAGUGACAAAUUUAGAGGAUGCUGCUGAGCACAUUGGUGAAGUUCUGAGGCGUGUUAAAAAGGAGCAUCUGCAAAGAGCAUACAAAAUUCAAGAUUGGACUGAUGAUAACGAUUUUCUUCUCCAGCUGUGCAGGACUACUGGAAAACUUCUCAAGGGUGGGGAGCCUGACCUGACAACGGCCGCCAAGAUGGUUCUUCAUGACUGGCAGAGGGGUAAAAUUCCCUUUUUUGUACCCCCUCUGCAGCAGAGUGAUGAUGGUGCAUCUGAAAUUGCUGAGCCUGUUGAGAAAACCGAAGAGGAUGGAGUAAGCAGCGACCGGACUGCUGCCGCCAUGAAAGCCAUUGCACGGAUAAUUUCGUCUCAGCAGAACCUGAAUGUACCUUGCCAUAAGGAACAUGAUGCAGACAAUGAAGACAUUGAAAGUGAAGAUAACGAGGAGAUCGAACUUCCAGAGCAAUCAGAGUAACUUCGGGUACGGAUAUGGACUAAAGUUGAUAUGUCAGCACUCAGGAGUGUGUAGUUACUUAACCUCGUUAUCACUGUAGUUCCAGAAAAGGAUUCAUGUUGGUUCAGCCGCUACAAAGGAUGGUGAUUUGCUUAGCCACUCGCCUAAUUUUUUGUAGCUUUUAUCGUACCUAAAUCUUGUAAUAGUGCAAAUAGAGCAGUUUUGCUAGCUACCUCGUUGGAUCGCAGUGUUUAUCUGCUUCAAAUUCAGUUAUAUAUACAUUUUUCUUAAAAAGGAACAUAUCAUGUGCAAACCAA